AUGUCUGAAGUGACAAUUGAUUUGAUAGAUGCCGACACAUUCACACAAGAUCAUGUCACUUUGGAGUAUAUAAAAGUUUUUCUAAAAAAGUUAAUUCGCAAACGAAAAAAAUUGUACAUAAAAUAUCUAAGUGAUAACUUCGACGAUCAUCGCCUGAGCAACAAGGACAUGAAUGAAUUUGCAUUAUACCUGGCGUCUGAAAGAGAAAGAAUUAAUAAAGUAGAAUGGGUAGAAAGUUUCAAAUUAAUUCCACUCCAGAGGCAAUAUCAAUUAAUGGAAUCUCUACAAAACAUGUUCUAUUCCAGUCUACCAACUGAAAGCAUAACAAAAACCUCACCUUACAAAAAUGCCUAUUUUGAAGGAAACAUCAUCCACACAGACGUGUUUUACCUUGCUACUACCAACAUCAGAAAGUACAAGCUGCCGUAUGUAACAGUUGGUAGCACUAAAAACGUAAGCCUGGAUUUAAAAAAUGCGGUGAUGGAAAUAAUGAGAGAAGAUUUAAACGAUGGGAAAACAUCAACAGUUGAAAUGGUUGCCAAAACAGAAUUUGACGCAAGACCUGUAUAUGUAUAG